AUGAAAAGGAUGUCAGUGGUCGAUGUGGUGAAGGGUGAUACCAAGCUGAUUGACAAUGAUCAGACCGUCCUGCAAGCAGGCCUUUCUCCAGAUGUGGUUUUGCAAGAUUGCUUCACGGUCCGCUCAGUGGAGUGUUCAAGACUGAUGGAUGCCCCUCUGAUGAGUGGAGAUUGUGAGGAUUUGUUCAUGGUCAACAUCCCGGAAGGCGUCCAAGAAAUUCCCAUCCAGGCCUUCAUCUUCUGCGCCCGACUGGGACAGGUGAACCUUUCGGACGUGACCAAGAUUGGGCCAGCGGCUUUUAGAAGCUGCAGGUCUUUGACUAGUCUGACCAUUCCAGACUCUGUGAGAAUGAUUGGAGAGGAAGCCUUUUGUGGAUGUAACUCCUUGACCGCAGCGCUUUGA